AUGAGGCCCCGACACCCAGCGAGGUGUCGGCGGAACCAACAAGACCGUCUCCUCUCGCCCGAGGGCUUGACGACCUCUGUGGACGAGCCCGGCGAGGCCUCCGUCCCCGACACUUUUUCCGUCGUAGAACAGACGAAUGAUACCUUUCGGGGCAGCGACCCAACGACUUCUGCGCCUAUUCACCCUAGCGCUGUGACAUUCACCACCCCUGUGGUUACUACGCAUUUCGAGAGAAGCGAUUCUGAGGAACCUCCACUUGCUUCAAGGUUGGCCUUGGAGCUGUUUGGACAACCUGCUCAACCCCCAACGGUAUCUUCGUGGUUACCUGUCAUACUGGAGACCACUCGUUAUGAGGUUCGUUCCGGCCUAAAAGAGGAUCUACGCAAUCACCUCCUUGCGCAGUAUGAACCGAAGGAUGACCUAGCAUUCCUAACCCCUCCACGAGUGAAUAAAGAGAUUGUCCCGAAUCUCAGCGCGACUGUCGUCGCUCGUGAUAAACAUCAACUGUCCUCCCAGGCUCAGGUAGGCGCGUCAUUGAACGCCUUUGGCUCCGGUGUUUCGGAGCUAUCCAAACUUGAUUGGAUUCAGACUUCACCCGAAGGGAAGACCGCCCUCACCAAAAUUGCAGAUGGUAUUCGCCUCCUAGCGGAUCAUCAUUUCCGCCUAUCUCAGACUCGGCGUGCAUUCAUCGUUCCAUCCUUGAAUUUUCUGGGAAAAUCUGCAUCGGAUUCAGCGCCUAUUGAUGACUGCCUUUUCGGUAGUAAUUUUGCGGAAGAUGUCAACGCUGCGCAAUCUAUCGAACGGAUGGCUCGAAAGACGGCUAGGAAACCUCCUCCGCCGUCCCUUUCUCAGCCGCGGUCAUCGGCUCCGCAGCUCAGACAACAAGCAAAUCAACAACGGGAGAAAAUACCCCGAAAGCAGGGAAACAUGCCGAAUCCCGGGUGUCGAUACCCGACACCGAAUGGUCCUUAUCAACUUCGGCCUUUUACCUCAUUGACCAAACCUAUGGACCUUUUGACAUUGACCUUUUCGCCUCGGCCUUUAAUACCAAACACGAGGUUUAUGUCUCUUGGCUUCCUGACCCCGGAUCUUGGGCAAUAG